CUGCACGGUAGUUCACCUGCGUGGGCUUACAGUGGGCCUGGGCAGCUGAGGUCAGUACGACAGUGUGUGGUCAGUGUCACCGUUCCCCGAGGCUGUAUCUCAGGUACCCAAGCCAUCCUGGAGUAACACUGAAAUCACGUGGAAAGCAUGAAAAAAGCAGUGUCGCUGAUAAAUGAAAUAGAUAUAGGAAGAUUUCCACGAUUGCUCACCCGAAUUCUUCAAAAACUUCACCUGAAGGUUGAGAAUAGUUUCAGUGAAGAAGAGGAAGAAAAACUUCAAGCUGCAUUUUCUCUGGAGAGACAAGAUCUUCACCUAGUUCUUGAAACAAUAUCUUUUAUUUUAGAACAGGCAGUAUAUUACAAUGUGAAGCCAGCAGCUUUGCAGCAGCAAUUAGAGAACAUUCAUCUUAGACAAGACAAAGCAGAAGCAUUUGUCAAUGCUUGGUCUUCUAUGGGUCAAGAAACAGUUGAAAAAUUCAGGCAGAGGAUUCUUGCACCCCACAAGCUGGAGACGGUUGGAUGGCAGCUUAACCUUCAGAUGGCUCACUCUGCCCAAGCAAAACUAAAAUCUCCUCAAGCUGUGUUACAGCUAGGAGUGAGCAAUGAGGAUUCGAAGAGCCUGAAGAAAGUUCUUGUGGAAUUCAGUCACAAGGAAUUGUUUGAUUUCUAUAACAAGCUAGAGACCAUACAAGCACAGCUGGAUUCCCUUACAUGAUGUUCUCAAAGACUGGUUUCUCUAUCACACUCCUGCCACCUCAUUGUUUUGCAUUGAAGAUAAACUGCCAGGUUGUGUUUUCUGAAGGAUUCAUUAGCUUUCUUCUUGUAAAUUAUACGGUUUAUUGCUUCUUAUACAAAUAACAGCCAAGGAAGAUCAUUGUUUUGAGUACUGAAGUUCUAAUAUACAUUCUCCAGUUCUGUGAGCCAACAGCAAGCAAUUGUUAAGAACAUUUUUGGGUUUUGUGUGGUUUUUUUUUGUUUUUUUUUUUUUUUUUUUGCGGUACGCGGGCCUCUCACUGUUGUGGCCUCUCCUGUUGCGGAGCACAGGCUCCAGACGCGCAGGCUCAGCGGCCAUGGCUCACGGGCCCAGCCGCUCUGCGGCAUAGUGGGAUCUUCCCAGACCGGGGCACGAACCCAUGUCCCCUGCAUCGGCAGGCGGACUCUCAACCACUGCGCUACCAGGGAAGCCCACAUUUUUGUUUUAAGGGGAACAAAAGUGAAUAUCAUAUUGUUUUUAUUGUCCUAUUUUUGCUUUAUUGCCUGACCUGUUUAUUUUUUACAUACUUGAUGAUACUUCUGUGUAUCAAGAAGGGUCCAUGGAUACAAAGUGUAAUAUGUAUCUUAGAACACAGAACUUCUUUAAUUACAUUAAUAAAAAUAAGAAAGUAGCCACAUUCAAUUAACUACAUUAUGGCCUUUGUUUCCUUUAAUAUAAUGAGUGUAUUUUGCUUGGGAAAUAAUAUAGGAAAGAAAUUUUAGAUAGAGCUAGUACUAGUACAUCAGCCAACUCCAGUAUGAGCAUCUCUGUGCACUUUAAUUGUUUCUCUGAGUUUAAUGAUUUAAUAACAGUUCAGGUUUUUGUGUGGUUUUUUUUGUACUGAAAAUUAAUAAUGAUUCAUUUCAAGGUGUGGGAGACAGAUUCAGAUCAUGAAUAAAAAUAGUUGUAAUGAGUGCUAAAUGAUUAUCCUUAAAAUUUUAAAACAGAAUGUAAAACAAAUUUUAUGUUCUCUUUUUGUAAAUAUGUUAAUUUCAGCCAAGAAGAUUUUUAUGUCUUAGAAUUAGUUGAACUGAAGUGCACAGUAUUUUAUGCUACGGAUCUAUAUAAAUGUGAGUAUGGUUGCCUGCAGAAAAUAAUAUCAGUUGAAUUUUUUAUGAAUGAAAUGUCUGCACUAUAUUAUUUCCAGCGAGAAAGACAGAGAGUGAGGGAGGAAAGGAGAGAAAGGGAGAGGGGAGGGGGGAAGAAAAUGAGAGAGAGAACAGAGAGAGACAGAGAGAGAUUCAAAUAUGACUUCACAUGAAAGACUUUGAUUUCAGAAAUAUCCUAUAGUUAAACAGAACCACUGGAUUUAAAUCACAUUCUUUAUAUGAGGUAUCUGAAUAAUAUGAAUGUUAAAUGUCUCCCAAAUAAAUGUUCAGUAUAUGGAACUUAUGCCCUUACUUAUUUAUAUGUGUGCUUGUAUGUUGUUGCUUAGAAGGAUUAGGUGUUUGGAUUAUUUCAGAAUGUAAAUAUUAUAGUGGCUGUCCAUACUUGGUUGAUUUGAAAAGUUUUUAAACUCAAACUUCGAUUGAUAGGAUAUCUAGAAGACGUGUUUAUAAUAUAAUGGGAUUUGUUUCUAUAUGUAGCUUGUGGGAUCUAUCUUAUAUUUUUACACUCUGUUCUGCUGGUCCCCAGAGGAAAGUACCUGACUACUGUAAACAUUUUGGUAAAUAUUCUUUCAGACUUCUUAUGUACAAAUAAACAUACAUCAUUUCAAGUUGAAUUUGUUGGGCCUUCCCAACAGUGACCAUAUGAAUAGGUAGAAGUUUUCAUUGGUUUGAUGCCAACUUAACUCCCAGUGUAGGUAUCUAAGUUAAAUGUGACACUUCAUAAUGAAAUUUCCUAUUUGUAGCUUAAAAUAGUGGUAAAUAGUUUUCUCUCCAUCAAUCUAGUUCAGGAAAGUCUGACCAAAGGCAUUGAAGGAAGGACAAGUAAGUAGUAGGUCUAAUUCUAACUAAGAACAUAAUUAUUCCUGAAAUAUAUUUAAUUCCAGAUAAUUGUGUUUCUUAAGCUACCACCAUUGUUACGAUACACAAGUAAAAGAAGAUAUCAUUCCCAAAGAUUAUUAAGGUGUGUGUUACAUUUUCAUAGAAAUAAGGUGGGUGGAGCCAUAAGUGGGAACUGAAACCUACUGUCUUAGCAAAUAAACAUGUUUUGUAUGAGUGCUUGUCAUGAGGAUUGAAUAAAAAUAUAAAUUACUUGUUAGAAAGGAGUACUACAAAUAAUAUUUGCAAUUCUCCAAUUAUAAAAUAUGAUUAUUUUUAAGUAGGAAACACCAAAAAAGUCAUAAAGGAGUAACCUAAAAUCAUGGACUCUCAACAUCCAGAAACAGCCGUUAAUGACAUUUUGGUAGAUUUUA